AUGACGUGCAUUGCAGAUUUCUUUGGUGUCCCACAACCUCUUCAACCCCCUCAAAGGGAAUGGAUAAGAGAAAACCAAGGAUUGGCCAUCGUGGACGACUUUACCAUUAACCAAGUCCCACGAAAUGCACCACAAGCAAACGUGGUAAAUCAGGGGACAGAAGUGGAACCACCCAAGGUCAAAGCCCCUAGGGCUGAACAACAAAUCCCAAGGGAAAUGGAACCAAGGGUAGUAAUGGUAAAUAGGCACCAAAAUGCUGAUGAAUUCGUACAGCAAAUUCAACGUAAUGAUAUGGCAGUAGAUAAUAAUCUGGUAGCCAUGGUCGAAAGAAUCAUGGCGCGAAAUGGGGUAGAUGUUGGCCUCCACAGGCCAAAUUAUACGUCACCUUUAUCUGAGUACGUUCUGCAGUCAGAAUUACCCGCUAGGUGGAAAGUCCCUAAAUUCACCAAAUUCUCUAAGGAUACUAGUGAGUUAACUGUAGAACACGUGGCCAGAUACCUCAUAGAGGCAGAGGAAAUUGCAAAUAAUGAGAAUCUUAGGAUAAAAUAUUUCCCAAGUUCCCUUACGAAGAAUGCCUUUACAUGGUUCACCACAUUACCAGCGAAUACCAUUGAUACUUGGACUCGUUUGGAAAGACUGUUCCAUGAGCAAUUCUAUAUGGGACAGUCGAAGAUAAUUUUGAAAGAAUUGGCCAAUAUCAAACGAAAUUUUAUUGAGUUAAUAGAUGAUUACCUGAAAAGGUUUCGUCUGCUUAAGGCAAGAUGCUUUACACAAGUGGAACGUUUGAAGGCUGAUAAAGCCAGAGCAAACAAAAACAAUAGGAAAGAUAGAAUAGCAUAUGUCGAACUAGGUAACGACGAACCUGAAACGUAUGGUGAACAGGUAGAUUUCGAUGAAGGUGAGGUCGACCUUGCUGAACUAAAGGAUCUUGUGCAAAGUGCUAUUAGGGACGAAAGGCUCAAGUUUGGGGAUAAAUCAAAGGCUCUAAUGAGGAUUGAUGUUGACCCUCUUCAGACCGCUGAUGGUCAUUACACUGAAUCGUCCAUGGUUAACAUGGUGGGAGUAUCUGAAUAUUCUGGAGAGAAGGCUGACAUGGUCAAUGUUGCUGAUGACUUCAAACAGGAAACUACUAAAGGGGUCACUAAGGAUCCCCAUCAAAUGUUCCCAACAUAA